UACUCGAACUCCGCUUCACUUGUGUUUUUUUUCUAAUUUUACUGUCAUUAGGCCGAUAAUUUGAUGCAUAUUUUGUAUGCAACAGUUAUUUUGACUUGUUACAGUGCUCUAUUAUGUACCAAAUCAUCGCAGGGAAUGCUCUAAGUGCGUCUAUAAACUAAAAUCAAUAACAAUCAUUGACCAACAAAGUUACCAAGAUGAAUUAUGAAGCCGAAAGAGCUAUGAAUCAGAAGCGAUUGCGAAUGGAGGGCGAACCGGGCCACGGUGUAGUCCAGGGGAACGGUUUGCCGCUAAAUUAUAUAGAUAAUGGCCAUCAAAUACCAUAUCAGCCGUAUGCUGGUGCGUAUAACACACACUAUCCGCCUCCGGAUGCGUUCUCUCCGUACGGGCCUCCGCCGCCAGGAGGUUAUGCCCCGCAGAACCUGUCAUACGCACCUCCCGCGCACCAGAACUACCCGCAUCACCAGAGUUUCCCGCCACAACAGCCGCCGCAGGCUCAGUUACACAUGCCACAAUCCCAUAUGGUUCAAGGUUACGGAGAUGUGGGGGUGCACAAGCCGGCAUGGCCACCUCAGCCGCACCUGUUACCACCGCUGGAUGCCCAAAAACCUCUGGAUGUGAAACAACUGAAAUCAGAGAUCAAGCUUGAACCCACGGAUGCUCAGAAACGACCACAUCCUGAGAGUGAGAUGCUGGCUCUACAGGCAAGGCAGAGAGAGUACAAUGUCCAGAUAUCCAGUACCUUGGGUGGAGAUUUAGAUCAACCUAAAAUUAAAAUAAAGACAGAUAUAUUUAAGCCGGAUGAUCUAGCACACAGACAGGACAAACCUCUUGAUGUUGCUCAAAAAUCUCUUGAUGUAUCAAAGCCGACUGAUCUUCAAAGUAAAGAUGAUGGUCAUCCAAUAAUAGGUGUGGAAAAUAAGUUAUUGGAUAAGCCUUCAGACGCGUGUAAAGCAGAGGGCGCUGCGGAGGGCGGCGCGGGCGACACGCCGCGGGCAGCGGAACCUACCACGCCAUCUGAUAAAAGUGGAGAAGACAGGAAACCGUUCAGCAGUCCAGAGCUUCCGAAAUCAGGUUCCACGCCUGGCAAGGCACCCACUCCCGGAAGUGAGCCAAAGAAGAGGGGUCGGCCGAAGGGUUCGACGAACAAGCCGAAGGCGUCGCUCCCCGGGGGCGCGGGCAGCCCCGCGCUCGCGCCCCCGCGCCCCGCGCCCCCGCGCGCCGCGCCCCCGCCCGCGCGCCCCCGCCCCGCCGGAUACCAGUACGCCAUCCGGCCCUUCCGCAAGGACUUCUCCGGGAUACAGUUCCGCAGGCGCUGGAGCGACGACUGCCUGGACUCGUCGCACAUCCCCAACGAGGUGUACUUCGGCGACGUGCCGGUGUCGCUGGAGGUGCUGCACAACUACUACGACGCCAACGCGGAGCGCGAGCGGCUGGCGGCGGCGGCCGCGCACAUCGCCGCGCAGAAGGCCGCCGCCGCCAAGCUGGCCGCCGCCAAGCUGCAGGCGCGGGGGCUCGUCACCACCUCCGCCGAGGUGACGACAGUGGAUUCGUCAUCAGACGACGACUCAUCAGGGACAUCGGGCAGCGACUCCGAGGAGAGUGAUGAUGACACGCCUCUGAAGCGAGGUCCGGGCAGGCCGAAGGGGUCCAAGAACAGUCCCCGCGCGGGCGGGGCCCCGGGCGCGCCCCCCGGCGGGCCCCCGGGCGGGACCCCGGGGCGCCGCGGCCGGCCCCCCGUGCCCCCCGAGCUGCGCCAGCCCGGGAUCACCGACAUGAAGAAGUUCUGCAAGGCGGCCGGCAUACGCUUCGAUUAUAAGAAGCUCGUUGAAGGUUGUACGAAAAACAAAGAACGUGUUCAGAAGAUGCUGGAUCUACUCAUAGCAGCAGGCUUAGAUGGCAAGCCGACUCUAGAGAAAUGUCAAGCGCUCAAAAAGGCGAAGAUCGAGAAGAAAGAACAAGAAAAGCAAGCGAAAAAAGAAGCGAAAGCAAAGCACAAAGAAACGGAUUCGCCGUGCGCGGAGGGCGGGCCGGCGCGGCGCAUGACGCGCGGCGCGACGGGCGUGAAGCCGCGCCAGCGCAUCGUGAUCUCGUCGGACGAGGAGGACGACACGCCCGCCGCGCGCCGCACGCUCUCCAAGCUGCGCUCCUCGCUCAACGACGACUCCGACUCCGACUAGGUAACCGUUACUUCUCUGCCUGGCGGGAGUACCGAAACGGAUAGUACAAUCGUAUGUAGCGAUACCAAUACUUGUAGCCGGGCAGUGCUAUAGCCUCUAGAAAGUGCUUCGACGGAGGUCUGGACUAUUAUAGAACGUAGUGUCGUAUGCGUCAUUAUUUCCUACUAAUGUUAGUGUUCGCGUCGGAAUUAGGUUGUGCUGUAACAGCGAUCGCGUUCACUCAGCGUUCAAGUGUUCAGACCGAACUGUGAACGAUGAACGAACGCGCGAGCCAACGACUAAGCAGCUUGCGAGAAUAGUGCAAUGAAUGAAAGUUUACGUUAUACGUCGAUGACAAUAGUUUUCAAAGCAUAAUUUUUUAUCACUCGGUUAGGGCGUAAUAGAGUAGUGUAGACUUCAACAGUUAUAUGAACAAACUGAUAAUUUGUUGGACAGUUGAAGGCCCUUUAUGUAACGGUAGCGGUAAUCAUGUGGCUGUAAUAGAAAAAGGUUUGACAUAUUUUUGAAGGAAUGUAAAGAUUAAAUAAACUGAAAAACAAUAAAUUGCAAAAGUGAAUUACACCAACAGUCGUUGUAUAAUAAAAUUAAAGAGGUCACGUAAAGCAGGUCCAUUGCUAAACAUAGGCCUCUUAAACUUAAUUGCGUAAAUUAAUCCAGGAAUUCAACGUGUCUAAUCUUACAUUUCAUCGAAAAGGAAAAGCAAUAAUAUAAUCAAACUAGUGCUUAUUUUUAGUGUCACCCAAGGAUGCCCACUGGGGCCUUACCAUUAUCUUCUAAGUGUGCCUUGACAUUUGUGUAUUAUACAUUGCUCACUAUACAAUAAGCCUGUACAGCAGGCAAGCAAUGGUUAUUGUACAAACGUAAAGCUGGCCUUUUGAGAUCGUUGUAAGCUCUUGUUGUUGUCAUUCCAUUAUACGUUGGUGCGGCAUUCACUGCUUCUACUAACCUUUGAAUAAGUUUCUUUUAUAUGCGUAGUAAUUCGGUCGACAAUUGCACAAGUUUUUAUUAAGACUACAAUACUGUAGCAAAUUGACAUAAUAGCGGUGUUUCACAGCUUUUCGAUCUCUCAUAAUGUUUAUUUUUUAAUUACGAUUGGAGAACCCUAGUCAUAUCGAUAUCGAAAUUAUAGAAAAAUACAAGUCAGCUGUUUUCAAAUCUGGCAGCUUUAUUUAUUUCACGGAAUACAAUAGGUAGCAUCAACAGACGCGAUUGGUCGUAGAGAAUUGUGUGUUAUUCAAGGGAGCGGUCCCUUAGUGAAAAUAUAAAUAUAUUUGUAGGACUAAAACCCCUCGCCUACUAUAAGUAGUGGUAGUAAAGCUUAAAGGCACUCAAUAUUGUUCAUUUGUGCCUAUAAUACUAUUAAAAACUAUAUAUAAUUCUAUGUGUGUGGAUCUUACAUAAAUAAAGUUAUAAUUUUCAUUUAAUAGCAGAAUGCGUUGUAUUUUGAUUGGGAGUCAAAUUUUAUACUCUAGUUUAUAUAAAAAAAUAAUUAUAAUUAAUAUCAAUAAAUUGGUAACACCAAGACGUUUAUUAAAUUUAGAUGUUGUAUAUAUAAUGAAAAAAAUACAUAAUAUUGUGUGUCCUGCGUUAUUUUUGUACAGGUUUGAGAUUUGGACAAGUUUUGUAUGAGAUCGGCUUUGUACAUAGCGUGGCAGAGUGAAUGGUUGCGGAGUGCCAGCGAGCCGACAGACAGUUGUCAUUGUGUUAUCCUUAUGUGCAUUACUCUUCAUUAUGUCGUAAAAUGACCAAUUUUUUAAGUACAUUUACAUUUGCGAAGACUCACAAAUAAAUAUAACAAGAGUCAGAAUGUUGUUUGAAAGUAAUAUUGUUUUUAAUAUGACGAUUUUAUGGUUAUUACUUUAUUGACAGCUAGGUUCUAUAAUUGUAUGCUAGCCGAAGAACGAAUUUAUAAUUUAAUUUAUUUUAUCGGAUAGAAUCUCAAUGACCGCUAUGUUGGGGACGUAGAGAUAUAUAUUUGUGUUCAAUCGGGAAUAGAGAAAGCAAAAUUAAAUGAUCAUAUUACCAUUGUGUAGUGUAUCGGUGUCCUUAAAUAAUAAAUAGUUUAAAUUAGCAGAUGAGUGUUAGCAUCGGUUAUAUUAAAACGCCUUAAUCAGACACCAAUAAUAAUGCAAUACUUUUUAUAAUUAUUAAAGUAAUAAGUAAUUUUGAGAAGAAUGUUUUAUGGUAUAUUCAACGUCACAGAGUAACGAAAAGAAACUUUAUGCUCCACAUGUCGUGAUGUGUGGAUUUGUUCAUAACGCUGGCGUUCAAAGGUCUAUAAAGUAUUUUUAAACAAUAAACAAUGCUUAUAAAAAGAGAGUGAACUUUAAUGAAUGAUAAAGCGCGAAAAGUAUCACAAUAUCAUUAAAAUUAUAUGAGUUGUACAUAUUAGCCGUAGAUAUAGUUUUAAGUUUUAUUAUUACUUUAAGAUAUAGAUAUUUGUAUUUGUAAGAUAUAUUUAGAUGUGUUUCUUUUACCAUAACAUAUUUGACGACCACGUUAUUUAGGCUGUAUCAAACGUCAUUUACAAUUCUUUUUUUAACAUGUGACAGGUAACUACCCUUUAUGUGACUGGUAACAUUUUUUAUUUUGACGCCUCAUUUUGUUGUUUGCAUUUAAAAGAGUCUGUUGAAUAUUUUUAUGAUAUAUUUUAUAAUCGCAUACAUAAAAUAUUUUACAGAUUUUGUUUAUUACAUCCUAUUUAACGCGGCCGUGCUAUAUUAGUCACGUAUAUAUUAUAAAGGUAUAUUAUAUUAGUAUAAGUGAUAAUGCUUCUCGCCGGCACACAGUUAUUUAUAAAUAUUUUCCUUGCCAAUACAUGAGGCAUAUAGAUUUUUUAUUUUACUCAAUUUAUACCGAAAUCGUAUUAGAAUUUUAUAUUGUGUACACAACUUGCGAUACAAAGUGAAGUACAUAGAGACAGGUAAUGUUUAGAAAUAAUAAUAUAUAUAGUUAUAGUUAAUCAGUUAAUGUUUGAUAGUCAAUACUCGGAAAUGUUUUCGUAUUAUCUCUGUUCAUUGCAUUGUUGUAAUACAACUGUCCUCACAAUAUAAGCUCUUAAAGCAAGACUUGUUUCUUUACGGAGAUACGGUGAGAUGCUAGAUAUCUGAAUUAUGUAGUAUUUUGUCACCUCCACAAUCCCAACAAAACUUGAGUGCGUGACACAGUGCACUAUAUAGUGUAGAACACAUUCUACUCCACAAUUGUGAUAGUCUCCAGAUCCGCUUUAAGAGCUCAUAACAAACGCUCAAGGCUUCAAGGCCUUUUUUGUGUCAAUGUCUUGGUAAUUUAUAGAUAGAUAAUAUCCCUUUCCCAUGAGCAAAUUAGAAUCGGUAAAACUCCACAGGCAUUAUCAGAGAUAACACGAAUUAUUUUAUAAAUGUUGCCAGUUGUGUACAUAAUGUUAUAGAGUAUAUUGAAAUGUAGAUCAAUGCAAACAUGACACCAAUAUAUAUGACUAUCUAGAGUUCUAACAUGAAUCCUGAAUAACUGAAAUUGAUAACCAAUCCAUCUCGUGUUUUAUUAAAAGUGAGAAUGUUAUGUGGAAACGAGACAACGGGACGUUGUGUCGUGCGUUGUCUCGUUUCAACAAGCGCAGCAUUCUUAGUUAAGCUCCGGUGAAGACUCUGGAUUUACAAUUACAGAUAGGAUUUUGACAUAUGACCCAUAUUACUUAUGUGUAAUAUUACAUUUAGUAACAAAAAAACUCGUGGAUUGGUUAUUAAUUUCUGUUGUGAAUAAUAGAAAUAUUGAUAUUGUAUGAUUUCCCAUUUGACAAAGAUGAAUUUUCAUUGAUUUAAUCACCGUACAGGAGGUUUUUUAUGUUUGUUUUAUACGAUGUUAUAUUUUGUAAUAAUCAUUUUUGAAUCUAUGUAAAUUCUAUUUUAAUGAGAAUCACUCUAUCAAUUAGUUUGAAAUGCAGCUUUAUAUGUUAUAUUAAUUGAUAAUUAUUGUUGAAAAUAGACAUAAAAUUAAAUCCUGUAUUUCUCAAUAAAAAGUUUUAAAUAGAUUCGCAGGAGAGAAUACCCACUUUGUUUAUUCCGCUUUUAUUGUAUGCUUACACCGGUUAUUGAAAUGAAAUAGUUUGAUUGGUUAUUGUUGUACCUCCACCUUAUACUUGAUAGGAACAUUUACCUGCCCAGGUGAACACCAAGGAGGUUAGAUGAUACUUAUGUUUAUGUUCUUAGGAAGUUCUGCCAUGUUUUAAAAAUCGCUUUAGUGCAUGGAAGUAAACAAGUUUCUUAAAGAAACGAGUCUGAAUUGUGAUCACCUUAAUAAAUAUGUACAUGUACUUGCAGGACGCUGUUCAUUUUCAUACUUAGAAGCGAUGUUUAAAAUAUGUCUGUAUAAAAAGGUUUGACUACAACUCUAGGACGUUCACCACGCGGUACCAGCAGAACUUGAUGUAAAAGACAGCAAUAAAACAAAACUAUUAAGUUUGUGAAUAAGGGUUUGGAGGAAGUUUAAGGAAGGGUAUGCGACCGAUUCCUUAUCGAAAAUGUAUCCACAAUUAAUUUUGUAGAGUUUGUUUUUAUUUUUCGUUUUGUUUGUGUUCCAAACUUAUCUGACUUUGUGUUGUCUUUUGAUGUCUCUCAUCGCCAAAAUCAAAACUACAAUCUUGAAAAAGUAGUGAAACGUUAUCAUCUUGGCGAACGUUUGACUUCUGUUUUUGCGUCUCGUUUUUACUUCUAUUUUGAACAUUUCAUAACACGUCAUUUUCAGUCUGUUAAACGCAAAUGCUACUUGGCUUAGACAUCGUCCGUCGAGAUCAAAGUAAGCUUACAAACAAACAAUUUUGGAUAGACAAGCGUUAUGGAACUAUGAACCUUUGUUACAGUGUCUUUUUUACAAAUUCCAAGUUGAUCAUUAUUUUUGUUACUUGUAGUUGAAAAUGCCUGCUUAGCUGAAGGUAUUUUCAACAUAAUUUAAGACCAAUUAAGUUUAGAAAAUUAACCUUGUGCUGCAGAAAUAUGGCACCAAAUAAGCCUGUUGGUGUACAAAAUAAGACUAAAUUGUGUUUUAAGCGGACUCGACCUGCUGGUCUUUAUAAAUAUUCUAAUAUCUUUGAUGAAUCGUUGUGCAUCAUAUUCAUUUCAUUACCAUACACCCUUAAAUUUAUUUAAACUUUCUCCCCUUUGUAUUAUUGUACCAUUACUACAAAAGACGAGUACGUACAAACGUCGGUCACUUGACGUCUCUCUGAAGGACCGGUUUGUUUCCCGAAUCAGUCCGGUUUCAGUCCACUUGAAAUAAAACUGGUCUUGGAACAAGUUCGCUAACUACCGGAUUUAGAAAUUGUCGGCAUACCCUUCUGCAAGCUUUUGUACGGGAACGGAUUGUAAUACUACACCCAUUGGGUAAAUCUCCGUGUUCACAUCAUUACUGAAUGAAAGUGCAGAAUCAUGACAUAGACACGGAGAUUUAAUCGAUAUUUUGUAAGAAAAGAAUAAGGAAUUUGGAUUAAACAUGUAAAUAAGAUCAACGCGUUUUUGCUGAAGCUCUUAAAGCAGAUAUAUGGGGUUUACCAGCACCUCUGAAGGUAACAGUGUUGCAGUUGAUGAUGCAGGACGACCCACUACACGGCUUCGAGUAGCAUCUGUCUUUUAUCUGCAACAGUCUUUCUUUAAGAAGUGGUUGCACUCCCCUGUUACUGGUGCGGAAGGGAGAUGUUGCUACGAGGUAUAUAGUACGCCGUCUCGUUUCCACACUGUCUACAGUUUCUACUUUACGAGCUUGUAGUAAACUCGCACUGUUCGAUCGAUGUAAAUGUAUGAAAAUUCUAAAUUACCAUGUACAUGAGUAGUGGAGACUAGAUAAGUGUAAUGUCGGUGACAGCUGAUGUAAUUUAUUUGCAGUAAGUGAAGGUUUUGUAUAAAUACAUUAUUUCGGAUGUAGAAUGCCAUAUUGUGAUUAGUUUGUUAGCUACACGAAAUAUUUUUCAAAUAAAAAUAUCUAUGUAUACAUUA